AUGGAAGUUGCCGCGCCAGGGGCGCCAAAUGGCGUCUCUACGCCGGAUACAGCAGCGCUGGUGGAUUCGGGUGCUGUAGUUCAGUACCUGACAGAUGUGCUCCGGGUGACACUGGGUGCUCUGAAAUCCGAGUUGGAAAGUGCUGGGAGCUUGCUCUCCGCGACGAGGUAUACCGACACAGUACAGAGAUGUACACGUUUUGCCUCAGAGUCGCAAGUGGCCCUUUACGUGCAGAAGGAUAUUGUGGCUGCCGAAGAGACAACCGGCGAGGCCGAAGACUCCGAACCUGCGAUGCAGUAUGUCUACACCCUGUCGUCCGAAAUCUCCUCCGCCUCCACCACCGUCUCGUCCGUUGCUUUCAUUAAACGCCCUGCCCCUAUUGAUCCCGGUCUCCCAAUCGCCGCACAAAUUCAAGUUAUGAAUCUUCCCGGAAUCGCCUCCCUAAACAACACACAAUCUCAGCAAGGAACAUCUUUGUCGCCAUUCCAGAUCAUUCACUUGAUGCUCCACCAUGGUCUCAGUCCCUACUUCGAAGCGAACACCCGUACCCAAGAAGCAAUCUCCGGUACGAAGCCGAGAACAGACACAGAGGCGAAGACUGGCAUUCCGGGCACCAAGAAGAAGUUUGCUGAGCUGGAGUUGGCUUUCAUGCAUCUUCAACAAAAUGUGGAGAUCCCUGCCUUGAACCUCCCGCUCCACGAGGUGGUCCAGGCUGCGCUGAAGGAGGCUGAGACCAAGGGUAUUCGGCCCUCCGUCGAGCUAAUUCCUUCCACUGUGUUGGAUAAUAGUGCAUUCACAAAUAGUAUCCAAAACACAGUGAAUGGGUGGAUCAGGUCGAUCCAGACAAUCACCAAGAUGUCACGGGACCCGGAGGGCGACUCGGCGUCACCAGAGGUUAAUUUCUGGUUGUCGAUGGAGUCCGCCCUAGAAGGAAUUGAGGGUCAACUGCAGAGUGAUGGUGUCAAGUUGACCAUGGACAUUCUCCGCCAUGCCAAGCGAUACCAACCUACCCUUAGUUUCCAGGCCGAUACGGGGCUGAAAGAUGCCACGGAGUUGGUCCAGAAGUAUAACCAACUGAUGCGUGACUUUCCGUUGGAUGAAUUGCUGUCCGCGACUUCUCUGCAAAAGGCCCAAGAGUCACUUGGUCUUAUUUUUAAUCACUUGAACAAGAAGCUGAAGAUCUGCCCCUACCCGAUCAAGCGUGCUCUUUCUCUCGUUGAAGCUAUUUCGGGCGAUUUGGACAAGAAGAUUCACGAACUCAUCAAUGGUCGUGAGAUUUUGCACCUCGAUUACCGCGAAUUCCGAUCCUUGAUGAAGGUUGCACAGUCAAUCUGGCGUACUUGGGAUGAAAAUUUGAAGGAGUUCACCAACGUGGCGCGAGAGUCGACCAGACGACGCAACGAGAAAUUCAUUCCCAUCAAGAUCAAUGCCAGAAUUGAUAACGUUCGUGAACGUUUGAAGUACAUAGACACUUUUCGUGUCAACCAUGAGCAGCUCCAGAAGACUAUUAUCAAUGUUCUCGGGCCCAAGAAUUCUUCGCCUGGCGAGACUAACGUAGUAGAUGCUGAUGGGGCAGUCAUCGUGGAGGAAAUCGGUGAUGUUGAUGCCGUCGAGGAGGUCACACAUGCCUACGCCGCUCUCCAGAAUAUUGAUGUGUUAGAUGUCUCCCCCGAGGGAGCUCGGACGUGGGAGAAUGCCGAGAUUGGCUACAGCGAGCGCACAUCUCGCGUUGAGAACUCCAUCAUUGCUCGCCUCCGCGAUCGUCUUGCGACAGCCAAGAAUGCCAAUGAGAUGUUCCGUGUGUUCUCCAAAUUCAACGCUCUGUUGGUUCGUCCCAAGAUCCGGGGUGCCAUCGGAGAGUAUCAGACACAACUCAUUGACAACGUCAAACGUGACAUUUCUUCCCUCCAUGAACGGUUCAAGCAGCAAUACGGUCACUCCGAGGCCCAUGCCAUGGCACAAUUGCGUGAUCUGCCACCCGUCUCUGGGGCUAUCAUCUGGGCUCGGCAAAUUGAACGCCAACUGGAUGGCUACAUGCGGAAGGUUGAGAAUGUCCUUGGAGAGGACUGGCACCUACACGCCGAGGGUGAGAAAUUGCAGUCCGAGAGCAACCUCUUCCGCAAGAAGCUGGAUACCCGCCCUGUUUUCGAGUCCUGGCUUUAUGAUGUGCAAAGGAGGCAUAUCACAAUCUCUGGCCGACUGUUCAACAUCGUCCGCAAUCGUGCUGCUGGAAAUUCCUUGGAGCUCACGGUUAACUUUGAUGCUCAGAUAAUUGCGUUGUUCAAGGAGGUCCGUAAUCUCAUCUGGUUGAACUUCCAGGUUCCUCAUGCCGUGAGCAACAUUUCCAAAGAGGCGAAGCGUGUUUACCCAUACGCGAUCAGCUUGAUGGAAAGUGUACGGACUCUCUUGCAGACGAAUCGUACCAUUGCAUCAAUGUCCGAUGUUGCUCUUCUGCUGAAUGGCUAUGUGAACGAUUCGCAGGCCAUGGUCAGUAAGGGUAUUCCACUGCGAUGGGAAUCCUUUGUUCAUUCCUAUGAGCUACAUGUUAAGCAAUCAGCAUUGGCCAAUGGAACCAUCGAUCCCUCCAAGCCACGAAGCACGGAAAGCAAGCAUGUUCAGUUCGUGCGCGAGUUCGCUGGCUCGGCAUCAGUCCUCCAGACCAAGACUGCCAUCCUCUCAUCCAUCAACGAGAGCAUCCAAAAAUCCAUUCAUGAAUUGAAAACCUGCUCAUAUCAAGCUUCAGCAUUCAAACAGCGUCUAGAUGUGAUCCAGACUGCUGUGGAUAAGCUUAACCUUGAGAACUAUGUCAAUCUUGGCUACUGGGUUUCCGAACUCAAUGGAAAAAUUGAAGCCAUUCUGCGGGAGCGACUUCUUCGUGCCGUCCGCGAAUGGAUCGCCACCUUCCAAGAGUCUCGCAACGGCAAUACAUCCAUUCAGGCUAAUGGUGAUGUAGAUUCCACUGCUCACCUCCUCCAAUUCUCUGAACUUUUCCACGAGAUUUCAAUGAAGAACCAGGUCCUUCAUCUUGAUCCGCCCCUGCAAUUCGCCCGUGCCAGCUGGUUCUCGCACUUCGAUUCUUGGCUUGGCGUGAUCUGUAAUCUUGAGAAAAUCAAAGCCACUCGCUACCAGAUUUCAAUUGAUGUGCAGAGUGUGCGUCAGUCUGAAGCUUGCUUUGCAGAGCUUCCACAACACUGUACCAAUGAGCUCAAUCAGGUAUACGGCGCGGUGGAGUCUCGGCUCAAGGAUGUAUCAGAAUACGUUGAUAAGUGGUUGCAAUUCCAAUCACUAUGGGACCUACAGUCCGAGCAGGUAUACGACAUCUUAGGAGAUGAUCUCUCCCAGUGGCUUCAGCUGCUUCAAGAGAUUAGAAAGAGCCGUGCCACGUUCGAUACUUCUGAAGUCAGUCGGUCGUUUGGGAACAUUAGAAUCGAUUACGAGCAAGUCCAGACGAAAGUCAACGCCAAAUACGAUCAGUGGCAACAUGAGAUUUUGCAGAAGUUUGGUGCCAAACUUGGCGGUCGCAUGCGUGAAGUCCACUCGGAAAUUGCCGCUGCACGCCGUGAUCUAGAGGGACAGACCCUGGAGGCAUCAUCCACAGCCCACGCCGUCUCUUUCAUCACCAUUGUCCAACAAUGCAAGCGGAAGACCCGUGUUUGGGAGCCUGAGGUUGAUAUGUUCCGUCAAGGUCAAACCACGCUCUCUCGUCAGCGAUACCAGUUCCCGAAUGACUGGCUUCAUGUCGAGAAUGUUGAUGGUGAAUGGGCUGCUCUCAAUGAGCUCCUUACUCGAAAGAGCAAGAUUGUGCACGACCAAACCGAGGGUCUUCGUGCGAAGAUUACCGCCGAAGACCGCGUCAUCAGCGAUAAAAUUGCGGAAGUUAUUUCUCAAUGGAACGACGAGAAGCCUGUCUCGGGUACAAUCCCGCCCGAGGAGGCAUCCCGUACCUUAAGCUCUUUCCAGUCACGUCUUGAGUCCCUUCAAUCCGAAUUCGAGAUGGUUUCUAAAGCGAAGGAAGCCCUUGAUCUUCCCGUGAGCUCUGAGUCCUCACUCCCUGCUAUUCUUGAGGAAGUCCAAGACUUCAUGUCCGUGUGGGCAGCACUGUCUACAAUUUGGAAGAGUUUGAAUGAUCUUCGCGACGGACUGUGGACCAGCGUCCAGCCCCGAAAGCUCCGUCAAGCGCUAGAUGGCCUGAUCAAGAUGACGAAGGAGAUGCCCAGCCGAAUGAGGCAAUAUGCUGCGUUUGAACACAUUCAAAAUGUUCUCCGGCAGUUCCUGAAAGUCAACUCUCUACUUUCUGAUAUGAAGUCCGAAGCAGUGAAGGAAAGACAUUGGCAAAAGAUUUACAAGUCACUGAAGCCCGGCAAGCGGUUUUCUCUUGUGUCUUUAACUCUUGGCGAUGUUUGGGACCUGCAGCUUGCUACCAGCGAGACAGUCAUCCGCAACGUCAUCGCACAGGCUCAGGGUGAGAUGGCCCUUGAAGAAUUCUUGAAGUCUGUUCGUGAGACCUGGCAGAAUUACUCCCUGGACCUUGUCAACUACCAGAACAAGUGCCGCCUUAUCCGUGGCUUUGAUGAUCUAUUUGCCAAGUGCAGUGAGAAUCUAAACUCCCUGCAGGCGAUGAGACAUUCUCCAUACUACAAAGAAUUCGAGGAAGAAGCCACCUCCUGGGAGGACAAACUCAACCGCGUCCAUGUUCUCUUCGAUGUUUGGAUUGAUGUGCAGAGACAGUGGGUAUACCUUGAGGGUGUUUUCACUGGCAAUGCGGAAAUCAAGCAUCUUCUGCCUCUCGAAUCCAGCCGCUUCCAAAACAUCAACUCGGAGUUCUUCGCCGUUAUGAAAAAGGUCUACAAGUCUCCUUUCAUUUUGGAUGUUCUUGCCAUCAAUGGCGUCCAGAAAUCUCUGGAAAGAUUGGCGGAGUUGCUUAAUAAGAUUCAAAAGGCUCUUGGUGAAUACCUGGAACGUGAACGUGUUUCUUUCCCUCGUUUCUACUUUGUUGGUGAUGAAGACUUGUUGGAGAUCAUUGGCAACGCCAACGACACCUUCCGCGUUGCCAAGCACUUUAAGAAGAUGUUCGCUGGUUUGUCCGGUAUUCUCAUGGAUGACGACAACAACAUCGUCGGCAUCACCUCCAAGGAAGGCGAAGAAGUUCGCCUGAAGCGGGAGGUCAAUCUUGUCAAGACUCCCCGAAUCAAUGAUUGGCUCUCUGCACUGGAGAACAACAUGAAGUUGACUCUGGCCGAGCUUCUCGGUGAGGCUGUUGAGCAAUUUGAUACUCUCUACAAUGCUCCCGAAGUGGACCGAACUGCUUUCAAUGACUUCCUCGCCAACUACCCAGCCCAGAUUGUCGUCCUUGCCAGUCAGGUUGUUUGGACUAAUGCCGUGCAUAAGUCUUUGGAGGAUGGCGGUGCUAAUCUCCCUGCCCUCCAUGACUCCCAAAUCAGAGUCCUCGAGCUACUGGCGGCUACUGUGCUUGGUGAGCUCGAUGCGAUUACUCGCAAGAAGUGUGAACACAUGAUCACUGAGUUUGUUCAUCAACGUGACACCAUUUCAAAGCUCAUCCAGUCCAACGCAACUACAUCUACCCACUACUUGUGGUUGCUUCAAAUGCGCUUUGUCUAUCAACCGGAGGGCGAUUUCUUGCAACGUCUAUAUGUUCAUAUGGCAAAUGCUAGACUCAACUACGGUUUCGAGUACUUGGGUGUUCCAGAGCGACUUGUCCGGACUCCUCUCACAGAUCGUUGUUUCCUUACUCUCACUCAAGCCCUCUGCCAGAGGCUGGGUGGUUCUCCCUAUGGUCCUGCUGGUACCGGAAAAACAGAGUCCGUGAAGGCCCUUGGUCUACAGCUUGGUAGAUUCACACUGGUCUUCUGUUGUGAUGACACCUUUGAUUUCCAGGCCAUGGGCCGUAUCUUCCUUGGUAUCUGCCAGGUUGGUGCUUGGGGCUGCUUUGACGAGUUCAAUCGUUUGGAGGAAAGAAUCCUUUCCGCCGUUUCUCAGCAAAUUCAAAAUAUUCAGAUUGGUUUGCGCAAGGGAGAAGAAGACGCCAAAUCCGAGAUCGAACUGGUUGGGAGAAAAUUGGUUGUCAACUCUAACACCGGUAUUUUCAUCACCAUGAACCCUGGUUAUGCCGGCCGAUCGAACUUGCCGGAUAACUUGAAGAAGCUAUUCCGUAGCGUUGCGAUGUCAAAGCCAGAUAAAGAACUUAUCGCCGAGGUGAUGCUGUUCUCCCAAGGUUUCAAACAAGCCAAGCCGUUGUCAAAGCAGACUGUACCAUUCUUUGAUCAUUGUGCUUCUCAAUUGACCAAACAAGCCCAUUACGAUUUUGGUCUCCGUGCUUUGAAGAGUGUUCUGGUUAGCUCCGGUGGCUUGAAACGUGCCCGUCUCGCAAGCUCAAAUGGCGAACUUGGCCCAGAUGAUCUUAUUGAACCCCAAAUCAUUGUUCAGAGCCUGCGCGAGACUAUUGCUCCCAAGCUUGUGCAAGAGGAUGUCGAUCGAAUGUUACAAAUCCAAGUGGAAGACUUCCCUGGUGUGGAUUAUGUGCCCGCAAACUUUGAGAAGCUUACCCAGGCCAUUCGAGAUAUUGCUCAUGAACAACACUUUGUCGACAGUGAGAUGUGGAUCGCCAAAGCUCUUCAACUGUAUCAAAUUCAAAGCAUUCACCAUGGUGUCAUGAUGGUUGGAAAAUCUGGAUCCGGAAAGUCGGCUGCUUGGAAGAUUCUUCUGCAAGCCAUGCAACGCAUCGAAGGCGUCGAAGGCGUCUCCCAUAUCAUUGAUUCCAAGGUCAUGUCAAAGGAAGCCCUAUAUGGUAACCUUGAUAGCACCACCCGUGAAUGGACUGAUGGUCUUUUCACUGGCAUUCUGCGAAAGAUCGUUGACAAUCUUCGAGGCGAAGACACUAAGCGUCACUGGAUCGUCUUUGAUGGUGACGUUGACCCCGAAUGGGUUGAGAACUUGAACAGUGUUUUGGAUGACAACAAGCUCCUCACUCUGCCCAACGGAGAACGUCUCAAUCUUCCCUCGAACGUGCGGAUCAUGUUCGAAGUCGAGAGCCUGAAGUACGCUACCUUGGCUACAGUCAGUCGUUGUGGUAUGGUGUGGUUCAACGCUGACACUGUCACUCCGUCCAUGAUGAUCUCCAACUAUGUCGAGGGCCUUAAGACCAAGACUUUCGAGGACUUGGACGAUGACAGUGCUCCCGCUGGAACGGCAGCUGCCAGGACGCAAGACACGCAAGAAACGCUUUCUGUCGUUCUGAAACAGCACCUGGAGAUGGAUGACCUGGUUCAUAAGUCUCUCGAGGAGGCCAAGAAGUACAACCAUAUCAUGGAUUUCACCGAAAUUCGGGCAUUGAAUACCCUCUUCAGUUUGUUGAACAAGGCUUGCCGCAACAUUUUGGAGUACAACAUUCAACAUGUCGACUUUCCCCUGGAUCCCGAGCAGAUUGAGUUGUACAUCUCCAAGAAACUCCUGCUCACCCUCGUCUGGUCUUUUACAGGUGAUUGUCCUCUUGUAGAUCGCAAAGCCUUUGGGCAGUUCGUCACCGGAAUGUCGACAAUAGAUUUGCCACCAGAUGGUGGAUCGUCGCUCAUUGACUUCGACGUUGCUCUGCCCAAGGCCGAGUGGACUAGUUGGCAAUCCCAAGUGCCUUCUAUUGAUAUCAACACGCAUUCAGUAACCCAAACCGAUGUGAUUAUUCCCACCGUCGACACUAUUCGACACGAGGAUGUUCUUUAUUCGUGGCUUGCUGAACAUAAGCCCUUGCUACUUUGCGGUCCUCCUGGAUCCGGUAAAACCAUGACCUUGUUCGCUGCUUUGAGAAAAUUACCCAACAUGGAAGUCGUCGGCCUCAACUUCUCUAGUGCCACCACGCCGGAUCUGUUAAUCAAGACUUUUGAGCAAUACUGCGAGUACAAGAAGACUCUCAAUGGUGUGGUGAUGUCGCCCAACCAAAUCGGCCGCUGGUUGGUCAUUUUCUGUGACGAAAUCAACUUGCCUGCGCCCGAUCGUUAUGGUACACAGCGUGCUAUCUCGUUCUUGCGUCAGCUUGUGGAGCAGAAUGGGUUCUGGCGGACUUCCGACAAGACCUGGGUCAGCCUGGACCGCAUUCAAUUCGUUGGUGCUUGUAACCCUCCGACGGAUGCCGGUCGUACUCCAAUGGGAGACCGUUUCCUCCGUCAUGCUCCACUCAUCAUGGUGGACUACCCUGGAGAGAUUUCCCUCAACCAGAUCUACGGUACCUUCAACUCGGCAGUGCUUAAGAUUCUGCCAUUGCUUCGUGGAUACUCCGAAGCUCUCACCAAGGCAAUGGUCCAGUUCUAUCUUGAAUCGCAGACAAGAUUCACUCCAAAGAUUCAACCCCAUUACGUUUACUCUCCUCGUGAGCUGACUCGCUGGGUCCGUGGUGUCUAUGAGGCUAUCAAGCCCCUCGAGACUCUAUCAAUUGAAGGGCUUGUCCGAAUUUGGGCUCAUGAGGCUCUCCGACUCUUCCAAGAUCGUCUGGUUGAUGAAGACGAAAGGGCUUGGACUGCUGAUGCCGUACGACGUAUUGCCUUGGAACAUUUCCCUACAAUCGACGACCAGGAAGCAUUGAAGGGUCCCAUUCUGUUUUCGAAUUGGUUGUCCAAGAACUAUGUUCCCGUCGAACAGGAGCGACUACGUGAUUUCGUGAAAGCCCGACUCAAGACCUUCUGCGAAGAAGAAGUUGAUGUUCCUUUGGUCUUGUUCAAUGACGUCCUUGAACACGCCUUGCGCAUUGACCGAGUUUUCCGCCAACCUCAGGGUCAUCUGAUUUUGAUCGGUGUCAGCGGAAGUGGAAAGACAACCUUGUCUCGUUUUGUUGCUUGGAUGAAUGGUCUUAAGGUUUUCCAGAUCAAGGUUCACGGCAAAUACUCAUCUGAGGACUUCGAUGACGACCUCAGGAUUGUUCUUCGCCGCGCAGGUUGCAAGGGAGAGAAGAUUUGCUUCAUCAUGGACGAAGCUAAUGUUCUCGACUCCGGUUUCCUUGAGCGCAUGAACACAUUGCUUGCAAACGCCGAGGUUCCCGGUCUUUUCGAGGGUGACGAGUUCUCCUCUUUGAUGACCGCUUGUAAAGAAGGUGCCCAGCGCCAGGGUCUACUACUUGAUUCGCAAGAGGAACUUUACAAAUGGUUCACCCAGCAAAUUGUCAAGAAUCUUCAUGUUGUGUUCACCAUGAACCCACCUGAAGACGGUCUGUCUUCCAAGGCAGCUACCAGUCCUGCCCUGUUCAAUCGUUGUGUUUUGAACUGGAUGGGUGAUUGGUCGGACCAAGCUCUCUUCCAAGUCGGCUCUGAAUUGACUCAGUCGGUGGACUUGGACAAGCCUAACUUUGUAUCCCCUGACAGUAUUCCCGUGGCUUACCGCGAGUUGACACUUCCUGCGUCGCACAGAGACACCGUUGUCAACUCCAUGGUCUAUAUUCACCACUCACUUCUCCGGUUCAACCAGCGCCUGCAGAAGCAACAGGGCCGCUCGACGUUCCUCACUCCACGCCAUUACCUCGACUUUGUCGCCCAAUACGUCAAUCUGUUUAACGAAAAGCGUGAGGACCUUGAGGAACAACAACGUCAUUUGAAUGUUGGUCUCGAGAAACUUCGAGACACUGUGGACAAGGUCAGCGAUUUACGUGCUAGUCUUGCCCAGAAGAAGACCCAAUUGGAGAAGAAAGACACAGAAGCGAACGAGAAGUUGCAGCGCAUGGUCGCCGAUCAACAGGAAGCGGAACAGAGAAAGACAGUAUCGCUGGAGGUGCAAGCGGCGCUAGAUAAGCAAGAGAAGGAGGUGGCAGAACGGAGGGAGGUCGUCUUGCACGACCUGGCAAGAGCAGAGCCUGCUGUGGAGGAAGCUCAGCGGAGUGUCAGCAACAUCAAGCGUCAGCACUUGACUGAAGUCCGUUCCAUGGGAAAUCCUCCUGCCAGUGUUAGGCUUGCGCUGGAAGCUGUGUGCACACUACUUGGUCACAAGGUCGACAGCUGGAAGACCAUUCAAGGUCUUGUGCGACGAGAUGAUUUCAUUGCAAGCAUUGUCAACUACGACAACGAGCGCCAGAUGACGCGCAACCACCGUGUCAAGAUGCAAAAUGAAUUCCUUUCCAAGGAAGACUUCACCUACGAGCGUGUGAACCGCGCCAGUAAGGCCUGCGGUCCCUUGGUCCAAUGGGUUGAGGCUCAAGUCAACUACUCGGCGAUCUUGGACCGUGUUGGCCCCUUACGUGAGGAGGUCGAUCAGCUUGAAGAGCAAGCCUUGCAAACCAAGGCUGAGGCUCAAGCUAUUGAGAACACUAUCCAGAGUCUGGAAAGCAGCAUUGCCACCUACAAGGCUGAGUAUGCUGCUCUUAUCAGUGAAACUCAGGCCAUCAAGAUGGAAAUGUCCCGAGUCCAGUUCAAGGUUGACCGAAGUGUUCGUCUGCUUGACAGCUUGGCGUCCGAGCGUGAGCGUUGGGAGGAUGGCAGCAAGUCUUUCGAAACCCAGAUCAGCACUCUUGUUGGUGAUGUCCUGAUUGCAGCCGCGUUCCUUGCCUAUGCUGGUCUAUAUGAUCAGCAAUUCCGUAAGGCGAUGAUUGAUGAUUGGGUUCACCAGCUGGCUCAGUCUGGCAUCCAUUUCAAGCCACACAACCCUAUCACGGAGUACCUAUCAAACGCCGAUGAGCGUCUCACUUGGCAAGAGAACUCUCUCCCCGUCGACGAUCUUUGCACCGAAAACGCCAUCAUCUUGAAGCGUUUCAACAGAUACCCUCUGAUCGUGGAUCCAUCUGGCCGAGUCACAGAAUUCUUGCAGAAAGAAAGCAAGGAUCGCAAGCUUACAGUCACAAGCUUCUUAGACGACUCUUUUGUCAAACAGCUGGAGAGCGCCCUGCGCUUCGGUAACCCUAUUCUCAUUCAAGACGCUGAGCACUUAGACCCGAUUCUCAACCACGUCCUCAACAAGGAGUACCAGAAGACUGGUGGCCGUGUGCUCAUUCAACUCGGCAAGCAAGAAAUUGAUUUCUCCCCAUCCUUCAAGCUGUUCUUGUCGACCAGAGAUCCAUCCGCCUCGUUCCCGCCGGAUGUGUGUAGUCGAACCACAUUCGUCAACUUUACGGUUACCCAAAGCAGCUUGCAGACGCAAUCACUCAAUGAUGUUCUGAAGUUUGAGCGACCAGAUGUUGACGAACGCCGCAACAAUUUGGUCAAGAUGCAAGGAGAAUUCAAGGUUCACCUUCGUCAGCUCGAGAAGCGCCUCUUGCAAGCACUUAAUGAGUCUCGCGGUAAUAUUCUGGAUGAUGACAACGUCAUCGAAACUUUGGAGACACUCAAGAAGGAGGCCGCUGAGAUUUCAAAGAAAAUGUCUGAGACUGAGGGCGUCAUGUCUGAAGUUGAGACUAUCACCCAGCAGUACAGCAUCAUUGCCCGAGCUUGCAGUGCUGUCUUUGCGGUGCUGGAGCAGCUCCAUCACAUCAACCACUUCUACCAAUUCUCUCUUCAAUAUUUCGUCGACAUCUUCAACUCUGUUCUGUACCAGAACAAGGCACUUGCACAAGAGAAAGACCACUCUGCUCGCGUCCAGAUGAUCAUUCGAGACUUGUUCAUCACCACGUACCAGAGAACCUCCCUGGGUCUUGUGCAGAAAGAUCGCGUUACGCUCGCAAUUCUCCUUGCCCAGGCUACUCCCUUCCCUAUGGAUAGGGCCAUUCUGGAUCGCAUUUUGGAUGAAUCCGUUGAAGAUGCAGAUCUGUCAACCACCCAAGACGCUCGUGAACAGGUCAUGGCUAAGCUCUUGAACAUGUCAUUGUUCAAGGAAUACAUUCCCAAUAUUCCUCAAGAACAAUGGGACCGAUUCUUUGGUGAGGAACUUGCCGAGAACGCCGUUCCUGUCGUCUGGGAAGAAAACACUCCCAAGCUUGACCAGCUGCUUCGUUCCUUGCUCCUUGUCAAGCUCUGCCGUAUGGAUCGAUUCGUUCCGACCGCAGAGCGGUUCAUUGAGGCUGUAUUUGGCCGCGAAUUGUUCGAGGGAAGCAGUGACCUGAAGGAUGUGGUUGACCAGGUCACCGCCACUACGCCUAUUUCGCUCAGCUCCAGCCCCGGUUUCGAUGCCAGUUACAAGGUCGAUGCACUAGUCGAACGAACUCACGCUACCUGCGCCAACAUUGCCAUGGGUUCAAACGAAGGCCUCGACAGUGCCGAUAAGGCUAUUAGCAACGCAGCCGCCACGGGUAACUGGGUUCUGGUCAAGAACGUUCAUUUGGCUCCUUCAUGGCUGCAGAGCCUGGAGAAGAGACUGGAUUCGCUGAAACCUCAUAAGGACUUCCGAAUCUUCCUUUCCAUGGAAUCCAGCCCCAAGAUCCCAGUUAACCUCAUCCGGGCUUCUCGCGUGCUCAUGUUCGAGCAGCCUGCCGGUGUCCGUGCCAACAUGAAGGACUCUUUGUCUUCAUUGACUACUCGUGCCAGCAAGGCACCUAUCGAGAAGGCUCGUGUGUACCUGUUGCUUUGCUUCUUCCACGCCGUGGUUCAAGAAAGACUCCGUUACGCUCCCAGUCUUGGAUGGAAGGGCUUCUGGGAAUUCAAUGACAGUGACUACGAGUGCUCUGCCUGGAUCAUCGAUCACUGGGUUGAUACCGUUGCCCAGGGUCGUUCCAAUGUCGCCCCUCAGAAGCUUCCUUGGGAAAUGAUCCGCACCCUUAUUGCCGAGAUGUACGGUGGUAAGAUUGACGAUGCUGGUGACUAUCAGCAACUGGAGAGUCUGGUGAAUAGCUUCCUUACACCAGCUGCCUUUGAGGACGACUAUAAGCUCGUCUCAGGUGUUGAGAAUGAUGAACUUCUCACGCUACCCACUGGCACCAGCAUUCGCGACUUCAUUGCUUGGGUGAACAAACUCCCUGAGCGUGAGCCACCUACUUACUUGGGUCUCCCAGCCAACGCCGAGAAGUUGCUGCUGGUUGGUCACGGUCGCAAGAUGAUCUCCGAUCUAUCGCGGGUCACCGACCUCUUGGACGAAGGCGAACAGUUGAUGGUUGAUAAUUAG